AUGGCAAAUCAAGUUAUUAUCGGAGCGCUCUUCCAAGUAGGAACAUCGCAAGUGAGGCUACCGUAUUUCAAUGGACAAAAUUUCUCUCACUGUAAAGUGCCUAUGGAAAUAUACACAAAUUUGGCCUAUGAUGUCAAAGUCUGGAGAGUUAUCAAAAAGGGGAACUACCCUCUGUCGGCCGCCGCUCAACCACCUGCUGAUCCUGAAGAUAUAGAUUCAUAUACAGAUGAGCAAAUAGCAGUUGUGCAAGUUAACAAUAAGUAUGAGAAAAUCUCUAGUUGCGAUACAGCCGAAGAGACGUGGGAUAAACUUAAAGUUACAUAUGAAGGAACCAGUAAAGUGAAAAAGACCCAUAUCAACAUGUUGGUUCAUGACCAUGAACUUUUCGAGAUAAAAGAAGGAGAAUCUAUUGAAGAGAUGUUUGCCAGAUUUAGCAAAAUUAUUAGCGAUCUAAAAGCUUUUGGCAAACCAUACUCAAGUGGUGAUCAAGUUAGGAAGAUUCUUAGAAGUCUACCCACUACUUGGCAGACAAAAGUGGUUACACUUGAAUCACAGGAUUUGAAUAAGCUAUCAUAUGAUGAACUUCGAGGAGAACUCAUAACUUUCGAGAAAACUCAUCUGAAGAAAACAAACCAGGAAGAAAAGAAGAAAACAGUUGCAUUCAAGGCCACAACUGAAAAAGCAGAAAAUGAUAUCGAUGAUGACCCUGAAGCUCUUCAAGAAGAGGUUGCCAUGGUGUCAAGGAACAUGGAUGGUUUAAUGAGGAGAUACAAGAAUGCGAGAAGAGGAAGGAUGCCACCCAGGCGAUCCAGGCAAUAUAAUGAACAAGACAAAAAUGAUGGCAAAUGCUAUGAGUGUGGAAGAUUUGGACAUGUUCAAGCUGAAUGGUGCUGGACAGAUGAGGACACUUCAGACGAUGAAUGCAAAGAUGACAAUGAGAACUGUUUCAUGGCACGAGGUGACAAAAACCUGUUUAAGGAAGUUACAAAAAUAGAUGGAGGAAGUGUUAAGUUCGGUGAUGAUUCAAAAGGAAAAAUAGUCGGUACCGGAACAGUCCCUUUCAAUAAUAAUUGUGAUAUCACUGAGGUUUAUCUUGUUGACGGACUUAACUACAAUCUUCUGAGUAUAAGUCAGCUAUGCGACUCAGGGUAUGAAGUAAAGUUCAAGAAAACAGGUUGUGCUAUUGAAGAUGAGACAGAAUCAAUACAUGUUAUAUUUGAUGAUAAUAACACUUCGGCUGAGAAAAGAAUUAUUGCAAGUGAUGAAGAUCAAACUCAAGAAAUUCAAGAGACAAGCAAAUCUCAAGAGUCAACUAAUAAAUCUGACGGUGUGAUAGAGUCAACUAAUGAGAUCAGCAAUGGUCAACUAGAAUUUCUGAAGGAGUCAACUAUUCAUACAAUUGAACCAAAGAAAAUAGAGGAAGCUCUGAAAGACUCAAGCUGGUUGCAAGCAAUGCAGGAAAAGCUAGACCAAUUCGACAAAAAUCAAGUAUGGAAACUGAUGCCCAAGCCUGAAAAUGCUCCCAGUAAAGAGAAUUAUUCAUAUCUCAUUGGAACUGUUUCUCACGGAUUAUGGUAUCCACGAUCUAACAAUUUUAAACUAGAAGGUUUUUCAGAUGCUGAUCUUGCAGGUGAUAAGGAAGACAAAAAAAGCACCAGUGGGACAUGCCAAUUACUUGGAAAGGCACUGAUAUCUUGGAACAGUAAAAAGCAAGGAUCAGUCGCAUUAUCCAUAACUGAGGCAGAGUAUAUCGCCAUUGGACAAUGUUGUGCAUAA